AGAUGACUCGCUGAAGUGGGGACAGAGUCUGCAGCUGCAGACCACCUGGAAUGCUGAUUUAACAACCAAAUGCCUCUAAUCUGAUUUUGUUUGACGAUCUACGGGCAAAGAGACAACAUAUCUGAUUCAUUGGCAAGACCACAAUCUGAUCCCAAAGAUGUGCUCCACAAACCCAGGCAACUGGGUCACAUUUGAUGAUGACCCUGCUUUUCAGUCUUCUCAAAAGUCAAAGAAUUUCCCUCUGGAGAAUCAAGGCAUUUGUAGGCCAAAUGGACUUAAACUGAACCUUUCUGGUACUAAGGAAUUUCCCAGUGGAUAUUCCUCCACCAGCAGUACCCCUCUCUCCUCUCCCAUCAUAGACUUUUAUUUCAGUCCAGGACCUCCAAGUAACUCUCCUCUUUCUACACCUACCAAAGACUUCCCAGGUUUUCCUGGCAUCCCCAAAGCAGGGACUCAUGUGCUUUAUCCUAUUCCAGAAUCAUCUUCAAACAGUCCACUUAUACCUGGAGCAGGUUCUUCCAUAUUGCCUACUAAACCAACCUGUUUAUCCCAUGCUUCCUUACUCAGUGACCACUCAUGUAUACAUCCAGCUCCCAAAGUAGGUCUUCCAGAUGAAAUGAGCCCUCACCAGGCUGAAAGCCUAGGGUUCCAAAGUGAUACUCCCCAGUUUCAGUAUUUUCAGGAGGACUGUGCCUUUUCAAGUCCAUUUUGGAAAGAUGAAGGCAGUGCUUCCCAGCUCACCUUUGACCCUCCAGGAAGCAGAAAGAUGGUCCCAUCAAGAGACAAAGAGAUGCCUAUUGAUCAAAAAGGCUUAAAUCAAUGUUCACUCAACUACAUCUGUGAGAAACUUGAACAUCUCCAAUCAGCUGAGAACCAAGACUCAUUUGGAAAUUUGUCUACGCAGUAUCUGUAUGCUGAAGAUGCUGCCUCUUCCUUUGUGCCCCACAUGCUCUUCAGGAGUCAGCCAAAAGCCGGCUGGUCUUUCAUGUUGAGAAUUCCUGAGAAGAAGAACGUGAUGUCUUCCCGUCAGUGGGGGCCAAUUUUUCUAAAAGUCUUACCUGGAGGAAUUUUGCAAAUGUAUUAUGAGAAGGGGUUAGAAAAACCAUUUAAAGAGUUACAGCUCAAUCCAUACUGCAGGCUUUCUGAACCCAAAGUUGAGAACUUUAGUGUGACAGGAAAAAUCCAUACCGUGAAGAUCGAACAUGUGUCUUACACAGAAAAAAGGAAAUACCAUUCUAAGACAGAAGUAGUUCACGAACCAGACAUAGAACAAAUGCUGAAGUUGGGAUCCACAGAGUACCAUGACUUCCUUGACUUUCUGACCAGUGUGGAGGAGGAGCUGAUGAAGCUGCCAGCUGUUUCAAAACCAAAGAAGAACUAUGAGGAGCAAGAAGUUUUCCUUGAAAUUGUGGACAACUUUUGGGGUAAAAUCACUAAAGAAGAAGGAAAAUUGGUUGAAAGUGCUGUGAUAACUCAAAUCUGGUGCCUCUGCUUUGUGAAUGGGAACACAGAAUGCUUUUUAACCUUGAAUGACCUUGAGCUGCAGAAGCGAAAUGAAUGCUAUUUUGAAAAAGACCCAGAAAAGAAGGGGAUUGAUAUUCUUGACUAUCAUUUCCAUAAGUGUGUGAACGCACAAGAAUUUGAGCAAUCAAGAAUCAUUAAGUUCGUACCUCUGGAUGCCUGCCGGUUUGAGCUGAUGCGUUUCAAGACUUUGUAUAGCGGCGAAGACCUUCCCUUUUCCCUGAAGUCUGUAGUGGUUGUCCAGGGGGCGUAUGUGGAGCUUCAGGCCUUUGUCAACAUGGCCCCGUUGGUCCAGAGACCAUCCUUGAGGUCCUGUGACAACAUAAUGAUACACUUUCCUGUGCCAUCGCAGUGGAUCAAGGCCCUCUGGACCAUGAACCUCCAGAGGCAGAAGUCCCUGAAAGCCAAAAUGAACCGCCGGGCGUGUCUGGGGAGUUCACAUGAACCUGAAUCUGAACCUGUCAUACAGGUCACUGUGGGGUCAGCAAAAUAUGAGAGUGCCUACCGGGCCGUCGUAUGGAAGAUAGACCGGCUUCCUGAUAAAAAUUCAAGUCCUGAUCAUCCCCAUUGUUUGUCAUACAAACUAGAACUCGGAUCAGACCAAGAAAUUCCCUCUGAUUGGUAUCCAUUUGCUACUGUUCAGUUUGGGAUUCUUGACACCUGUGCCUCAAGGACAGAGGUCAGGUCUCUGGGGGUGGAGAGUGAUGUCCAGCCACAGAAACAUGUUCAUCAGCGAGCCUGCUACAACAUCCAGGUUGAAAUAGAAAAGAAGUGGAUUAAAAUCGAUGGAGAAGACCCAGAUAAAGCUGGUGACUGCGUAACUCAGUAGGAGUAGCAAGAGUCAGUGAUGACGACCCACUUUCCAAAUACGUAAUUCACAGAAACCACACAAAGUUCUGCUACUGUAGAGUGGAAACGACAGGUCCAGUGGUUACGUUUAGAAAAGUUUAGACCUGCAACCGAACCGUCUGUACUUUAUGCUUUUGAUACGUUUGUGCCCUGGGGGUGUGAUCUAAAAUGUGUCUAUAAUUUUCAUGAUGUUUUUGUUUCCUAGUGAAACUCAGAGGCGCUCUUAUUGUGACCUGACAGCCACUUGGCCAGAGCAUUUUUGAUUUUUGAUUACUUGGUGGCUGAUAGUUUUGCCCUCUGGGUUACCUAGGGCCAUAGUUAUUAUCCUCCAGCCCCUACCUCUUCUUAUUGCGCUAGCACUAGUACUAGAGGACGAGGCAAUCAGAGGAGACGUAAACCGAAGUACUUAACUUUCCCUCUUGCUCUUGUCUGAAACGUGGUUAGUUGUAGGAUGAUGUUGAAACCACAGGCUAACAUGGAGAUGUGGGACUAUCUCUGACUCUGAAUUAUUUAUCUUCCUGUCCUGUUACCACACUGGUGAGUAACCAUCAGCUGUAUUUGGUACCUGUCUUUCACCCACGGUAUCAUUAUUUUCAAAAUACAUUUGUAUUCUGAUGUGUGCUGCAAAGAAGCUAGUUCUGUUGAUAUACAUAUUUCAGUACAAAUCACUAAGACAUAUUGCCCUUUGCUUGGAGAGAUUCCUUUCAAAAUGGAAUCCCAGUAUUGGACACUAGUUAAAAUAUUUAUGUAUGUUAAAAAUGAAUUUUUAAAGUUCAUGAAUAUUGUUUCCCAGAAGUGCAGACUCUAAGAAUGUAUUUUGAUAAAGUAUUUUUUUUUGUAAUUAACACAAGCUUCUCUUGAGUAGAAGUCUAAAUCAUAUUAUGAUUAUUUUAUGUUAGCUCUGCUAUCAUGCUAUUUAUGCUAAUUCUGCUUAAUUUAGAGUAAUUUUCUUUAAAAGAUGAGCGAAGUGAAAGACACUAGAUUAUUUUAUCUACAUUUCUAAGAAGCGAUAUUUCUAUUCAAAGCCAGGUAAAUGUUUGUUUUUUAAUGAAAAGCCAAUGGCAUUAGCAGUUAUAAUUCUGUUUAUAAUUUCCUUUCAGUGUUUAUAGUGAAAGGUCAGACUUUUAAAUUUAGGAAAUCUAUAUUCUAGUUAUUUUUUUAGUCAGAAAAACACGUGGAAAAAACAUGUGGUAUUAAUGUACCUUCAAUUUAUGUUGAUCCUUAAAUAUGAUUAGUGGGUAUUUUUCUUUAUUUACUAGAUUUGUUUUGAGUCAAAACUGAUAUAAUAGCGUUCUUCCAAACAACAUUAUUUGUUGGCCCACAGAGUUUGUCUCAUACAUUUUAUUUAAUGUUACAUUACAUUCAUUUUAAUCUGUUAAGAAAUGCAGAUUUUAUAAAACAAACAUUUAUGAUCUGUAUCAAUCAGCAGAUUUAAUGCUUUUCAUUAUUUUACUGUAAAGGCAAAGAAUGCAAAAGUUGACUGUUAAAAUGAAUUGUUAUUGCUCUUUUUAACUUCAGCUGAUGUAUUGCUCAUAAUAUCAUAUGCUUGAGACUCACUGUUGAUGUAUAGGAGGGCAAAUCUAUGUGCGCGUCAUUUAAAAAAAAUUCCACCAUCCGGCCUCAUCAUCUGGUGUGGCACAUUCUGGAGUGACUUCAAUCUGCUCAGAACAAAUAUGGAGGCGGGCUGAACCUGAUGCUGCUCCACGAUACCAGGGAUGGUAGCUGGGUUAAUUACUGCUGGUCCUUGCAGAUCUGUUUCAUGGCGUCCUGCCCAUAAAGAACUCAGAGUCUGAUUCAGAUGAACUUGAUGAAUAUUUACACCUCAAAGUAAUUUCAGCACAGGGUUCAAUUAAUCACUCCUUAGGCUUCACAGGUUGCCAGUAUGUGUGGGUACCUCACUGCUGGGGUCAUUUAUUCACCAGCCCUUCAGCCUUCAGGAACGUCUCAAGAUUCAGUGCUGGAAAUGUAACAAAAGGCUGACUGAAGCCCAAGUGAGUUUCUGCAGCAAUGCAGAGGUUGAUGGCAGGAACAGCGGGGUGCUGCAGCAUAAUUGUUCAUUUGCACAUCUAUUAGGAUCCUUAAAUAUUCAUUACUUAAUGUUAAAUUAACAUUCUGUGUCAGGUGGAGAGGCUUUUUAAUACAAUUCUUCUGACCUCAGAAAUGGCAGAAGGUCAAAUGUGAUCCUGAUGCUCUAAGUGAAAACUCAGGUAGGGUCCACUUAGACUUACCAAUUAAGAAGUAGAAUCUCCUUUGCCAGAAAGUAAAUGAUGAUCUUCAAAACAACAACAAUAAAAACUCCUGCUUUUAAAGUAGGGAAUGGAGGAAGGAAGUGAAUGAAGGAGGAACUACUCCUUUCUAGCAUUUUAAUUUAGGUAAUUUAGAUCAAUGCUUUAUGAGUUUGACCCCCUUGGGGUCAUUUGUUUAAUUGACACAAUGGCAGACUUCCAAGGAGUGGGCCAGUUUGGGAUGAAUUGUUCUGCUCUAAUUGGUUUGGUCUGGUUGCCUUACCAGUCAAAGGAUCGUAUUAGCCGCGUAAAUGCAUUCAUGGCUUGAUGGUUACCUGAUCAAUUUACAGAUCUGAAUUUAAGGACAUUUCCUUUUUUUAUGGGGAUAGAAAUAGUUUAUCCAUUAAAAAAAGUAUGGAAAAAAACCCUUCCUAGCAUAAAUAAAGGCUGGCAUUUUUUGACCUGAUUUAUAUAUUAAACAGUUCUAGGGUUUUAGUUCCCUUCAUUCUGGGUCUGUGCUUUCGAUAUAGCCCUUCUUCUCUUAUAAAUUAUGUCAGAAGGCCUUCCUUAAUAAUGACUAAGUAUUAUUAUAUCUUAUUCAAAAUAUGAUUUUAUGUCAUCAAUACAGAUAUAAAACAGAUUGAGCCUUAAUAAUCAUGUAACGAAGUAUUUUGUAGAUUGCAUAUAGAUUUUUUAAAAUUAAAGAUGUAUUUC